CGACUGGUCCGGAGCCGGAGCUGAAGCUGUGCUGCGGCAGCGGGACCCUGCGACUGGCAGCGUGCUUGAGAGGCAGGGGCUCUGAGAGGAACAAGCCACAGGAUGUCAGAGAAAGAUGGCUCCCGGGAAGAGGCGGGUUAAAGGAGGAGUCUCAGUCACCAUGGAGGACUCACACCCCGAAGACACCAUGGAGCAACAGGAUUCACCCAAGGAGAGAAGGCCCAGCAGCCCAGGAGGCAACAUCUGCCACCUAGGGGCCCCGCAGUGCACCCGCUGCCUCAUCACCUUCGCCGAUUCCAAGUUCCAGGAGCGUCACAUGAAGCGGGAGCACCCAGCGGACUUCGUGGCCCAGAAACUGCAGGGGGCUCUCUUCAUCUGCUUCACCUGCGCCCGCUCCUUCCCCUCCUCCAAGGCCCUGAUCAUCCACCAGCGCAGCCAUGGUCCAGCAGCCAGGCCCUCCUCGCCAGGUGCACCCACCCCUGCCCAGCCCACCUUCCCUUGUCCUGACUGUGGCAAGAACUUUGGGCAGGCUGCUUCUCUGAGGCGGCACCGCCUGGUGCAUGAGGCCCACACCCACCCUGGUCCCUUUGCUUGUACGGAGUGUGGUCAGGACUUUGCCCAGGAAGCAGGGCUCCAUCAACACUAUAUUCGACAUGCUCGGGGGGAGCUCUGAGUACAGCUUAAGCCCCUCAAUAGUGCUUAAGAUGCGCACUUAAAAUGCGGGCUCUGGUUGGUGGGACCCACCCAUGAUAAGGGCACAGGUCUUCUGGGGGCUUUGGAGGGAUUUGCUUCCCACCCUGGGAAGGCAAAAAGGCUCUGGACAAAUAGGACCCAGAAGGCUGUCAUUUAGACUUUCAGUCUUUGGAGGACAUAGGUCCUUUAGGGAAACAGUGAAAUCAGCAAACAGAUCUUUUUAAGAAAAUGAGCAAGGAAAAAAAAAAAAGAAGAAAAAAAUGCACAAUAGAGAAGGAAAAAUUAUUCUCCCUCAUUCCCAGUUAAAUAACUAGCUGCAGAUUGUGUAAUCACCUUUAAUGUUUCCCAGAUGGGUGCCAUGGGCUGCAGGAGCAAAUUGCCCUGGAUCUGUGCCUGAGUAGGGGGCAGGGAAGGGCGGUGCUGCUGUCCUGUAAUGAGACUGGGUGUGUUCCAGACCUGGAGCAACCUGGGUAUUUGGGGAUGGGGCAGCAAGGUGGGAGCCAGACCCCAAGUCAAAAGGCGUUGCAGUUUAGGUCCUGUCUCCUCCCUGUCUGCCAGUCCGCUCCACUCAGACAGCAGCCAUGGCAUUGGAUGACAGAGCAUUAUGCCCUAUUUAAAUAAUUUUGUGUACCAUUCUAGGAAUGGGUUUAUAUGUGUGUGUGUGUGUGUGUGUGUGUGUGUGUGUGUGUGUGUGUGUAGGGAAGAUGGCAUGAAUAAGCUAACAGGAAUAGUAUCUAAAAACUAAACAUCCAUAUUAAAAUGUCUAAACAGGGAGCUCUGGCUUUUGAGUGGGAAUUGCUAGAGAACAUAAGGAUGUGGGGAGGAGGGAGCUCAGGGCAGAGUUGGCCUAGUCCUGUAGGGAAACUAGUUUGGAGUCAAACAGAGAUACCUUCUGCUUCAUGUUUCAUUUGGCCAACACUGGGAGAUUUCCCAUUAAGAUCCUAUUUUCAGUUCUCUUGAAAAGACCAGGACUUACACUGUCAGCAGGGCAAAAGCUACAAGCUGCAGCUAAGCGGUGAGUGUCGCCCUCAGCCGGAGAUAAGUCCUUCCAGGCCCAUUUUAGUCCCUGACAAUGCCUGCCCUGCCUCUGGAGAUAAUAGCUGAUGCUCUGCAUUCAUUGCUCAGGCUGUAUUUGAAUUGAGGGAUGUUUUUUAAAUCCACAGGUGAGAUGGUUAUGGGAGAAAUUGAUAGCUAUCUCUAUUUUUAGUUAGGCUUAUGGGAGCACAAGACCACACAUCCCAGACUCCCUUGCAGCUAAAUGUGGUCAUGCGGCUGAGUUCUGGCUAAAUUCCUAGGUAAAAUAGGCCUGAAAAAGGUACAUGUCCUUCUCUAAUUGGAAUGUGGACACGGUGCCCAGCCACCUUGGACUGUGAGUACAAGAGCAGUAUGUGGGACAGCAGAGCAACAACACAGCAGGAGCCUGGGUCUCUGGCCAACCUCACAGGAUGUCACCAUACCAGCCACCAUUCUGAUAACAUGCAAGAGAAGCAACUGUAUCUUGUUUAAGCCACCGUCAUUUUGGGUCUCUUGUUUUAGGCAGAAUUUCAAGCCCAAGGCAGGAGUCUGCAAACUAUGGCAAAAUCAAGCCAGCUGCUGCUGAGUUUUACAAAUAAAGUUUUAUUGGAACAUA